UGUCGUUUUUAAAUCAACAUGAUUUCAUUUUAAAACACUUAUAUUUUAAUGUAAUUUAAACUAUGCUAUGUUUUCGUGAAUGCUUAUAUUACAUUUGUCAUUAAAAUCUUCGAGCAUCAAGAAUGUUGAAACUGAGCAAUCCCAUGAGAUUAGUCGAGAGCGUGCUCCCGAUACUGCGGUGGUCGAAGAGUUACGAUCUGAGGACAGCGAUCGGGGAUCUAAUAGCCGGGAUCACGGUGGCUCUUACCUUGAUACCGCAGUCGAUAGCUUACGCUUCAUUGGCUGGAUUCGAACCGCAGUAUGGCCUGUACGCGUCUUUCGUGGGUGGAUUCGUUUAUGCUAUCAUGGGCACAUGCCCUCAGAUCAACAUUGGACCGACGGCGUUACUGUCACUUCUCACCUUCACUUACACAAGCGGCACUAAUGCCGACUUCGCCGUGCUACUGUGUUUCAUUGCCGGAAUAGUUCAGCUAUUCGCUGGAUUCGCACAGCUGGGGUUUUUAGUGGAGUUCGUCUCGCUACCGGUAGUGUCGGGUUUCACGUCGGCGGCUGCCAUCACUAUAGCUUCAUCCCAAAUUAAAGGCCUGUUAGGAUUGAAGUUCAGCGCAGAGACCUUCAUAUCGACUUGGAAGGAACUGUUUGUUCAUAUCGGAGAAACAAGGAUGCAGGACACAUUGCUCAGCUUAUUCUGCUGCAUUGUGCUGAUGGGAAUGAAGGCAUUAAAAGAUAUCGAAAUCAAAAGUGUAAUAAACGACAAGAACCGAAAAGGUAUGCUGAUACUGCAAAGGUUUUUGUGGUUCGUUGGAGUCUCACGGAACGCCGUGGUCGUGGUGCUAGCUGCAGUACUGGCGUACACAGUACAUGAAGAUAAAAGGGACCCGCUCAUAUUGACGGGUAGCAUUACUCCAGGCCUUCCAAUUCCUCAAGCACCUGCCUUCCACACAACGGUGGGUAAUACUACAUAUACUGCGGUGGAAAUGUUCACGCAUUUGGGCUCUGGUCUCUUGGUGGUUCCAUUAGUUGGAAUCAUCUCGAAUGUGGCCAUCGCCAAAGCUUUCUCGAACGGCAGAACGUUGGACGCGACUCAGGAGAUAGUGGCUCUGGGCGCUUGCAACUUGUUCGGGGCAUUCUUUCGUUCGUUUCCCGUGAACGGUUCGUUCACACGGAGCGCUGUCAGUGAAGCUUCUGGGGUCAAGACGCCGGCCGCUGGCUUCUAUACUGGUGUAAUCGUAUUACUGACGUUGGCCCUCCUGACUCCGUACUUCUUCUUCAUUCCGCGCGCCGCGCUCUCCGCCGUGAUAGUUUGCGCCGUCCUGCACAUGGUCGACACGGACAUACUGAAGAAACUCUGGAACACCAGCCGAUUAGACCUGAUACCGCUGUUGGGUUCCUUCGUAUGCUGUCUAGCAUUGGGUAUCGAAGUGGGAUUGAUAUGUGGAGUUGUAGUAGACAUGCUACUGCUGCUUUACUACCAUUCCAGACCCCCACUCGAUAUAGUUUACGUUAAUGACGGAGUUUUGCCAGCGCAUUUUGCGAUCCAUCCGUGCGGCGGUUUGUAUUUCGCUGGAGCAGAACAAGUCAGAUCAAAACUGAUAUCUCUGAGAAAACCUAAAAACAACAGCAUCCCGGCUACAGCACUAGAAACAUUAACAAUAAUACCUGAUUCGGAUAAUAAUGGAACUAGUGAUGGGAACAAUAUCGCUAAUGGAAAUCAUAUUGCCAACGGGAAUUUAUCCAAUGGGAAUAAUAAUGCCAACGGGAAUAAUGUUACCAAUGGGAAUAUCAACGGUAACUUUAUAAGGUCCACAGAACUUCUAGUCGUGUAUUGUGACGCAGUGUCUAGAAUGGACUAUACUUUUUUGCAGAGUUUGAAAAUGUUAGUGGCGGAAUGGUCACGUGGCGGUCGCGUUUUCUGGUGUGACGCGAAUCCCUUAGUGAAAGAACAAUUGCUCAACGUUCUCCAGGACCCUCACUUCUGCGACGCCGAGCAGCUCAGGAUACUGUUGGCCGGUACUCUGUCGGAAGAUUCACAGGUAAACAUAAGCGAUACACAACUCUAGAAAACUGACAACGUCCAUUUAAAUAAUAAGAUAAUGCAACUUAUGUUGACGAACCAAAAAACUGCUAUAUUUCUUGUUGAGUACAACAAAAAUAGCAAUACCAAUUUCUAUCACUUAAUAAUAUGGAUUCAAAACUGAAGAAUCCAAAAAAUCACUAAGAAAUUAUAGUAUUUUAGUUUCAGAGUUUGUAAUUAGUGCAUGUAUGAUAUAUAUUAGUAUAGAUAUAGUAAUGUAGAUAUGUAUAUGAUAAAGUAUCAACUAUGAAAACUUAUUCGUGACGGCGAAAACCAACUUGCCGAAGCCGAAAUGAAGUCUUUGUAUAAAUGAAAGGUUGUGAUAUUACAAUUUUAGCUUUGAGUGAAUAAUUUUUAUUUAAUUCAUCAUUUAGAUGUGUACUGUGUAUAUUAUAUAUUAUGGAUAUUUAAUGGAAUCUGUACAGUGUUAUCUUGUUGAUGUUUAGUUUUUAAGUAAUAAAGCGUUUGGA